UGUCUCUCUCUUUCCCUCUUUCUCUUUCUCUUUCUCUUUCUCUAUUCUUUCCACAAAUCAGUUCUUUCUUUCUUUCUAACAAAAACCAGUUUCUUGAAACAGAGUAAACCAGAGUGGUUUCUGCCUUGUAAAAGUGUUUUCUUUGUUUCUAAAUUAAGAAAGUUUUGGGUUUUGGUGAUGAGAUUUUGUUGAGAGAAAGUGAUUUGGUUUGGUGGGUUUUAUAUUUGGUUUUUGGUAUGGGAAAUUGUUGCUGUAGAUGGGAGCAUUCUGUUCUCAUAGUUUCAUCCGGUGCAAAAUCAGACAAGAGUUCGAAACUAAGGAAGGAAAAUAGUAAGAUGCCAUCAAACCCCGAAGAAGUAGAAUACUUGCGCCGCGAUUCUGCAGCAAAUCCAUUGAUUGCCUUCACAUAUGAUGAGUUGAAAAUAAUCACAGGGAACUUCAGGAAAGACAGUGUACUAGGUGGAGGAGGCUUUGGAAGCGUUUAUAAGGGGUUCAUCUCUGAGGACUUAAGGGAAGGGCUGCAGUCCAUUCCGGUUGCUGUUAAGGUUCAUGGUGGUGACAACAGUUUUCAAGGCCAUAGAGAAUGGCUGGCAGAAGUCAUAUUCCUGGGGCAGCUUUCUCAUCCGAAUUUGGUUAAAUUGAUUGGUUAUUGUUGCGAAAAUGAACACCGGGUACUAAUAUACGAGUACAUGGCUCGUGGUAGUGUUGAGAACAACCUAUUUUCCAAAGUAUUGCUUCCUCUUCCCUGGUCUAUCAGAAUGAAGAUUGCGUUCGGGGCUGCAAAAGGCCUCGCCUUUCUCCAUGGAGCGGCUAAACCUGUCAUCUAUCGUGACUUCAAGACAUCGAACAUUCUGUUAGACACAGAUUACAAUGCAAAGCUUUCUGAUUUUGGCCUUGCAAAAGAUGGACCAGAGGGAGACAAAUCUCAUGUCACCACUCGCAUAAUGGGAACAUACGGAUAUGCAGCACCUGAGUAUAUAAUGACAGGUCAUUUAACUCCGAAAAGUGAUGUAUACAGUUUUGGCGUAGUUCUUCUUGAGCUUCUGACAGGAAGAAAGUCUCUGGACAAGUCGAGGCCAGCAAGAGAGCAAAGCUUAGCAGAUUGGGCACUGCCAUUGCUGAAAGAAAAGAAGAAACUGCACAACAUAGUAGAUCCAAGAUUAGAAGGAGAUUAUCCCAUAAAAGGAGUUCACAAAGCAGCAAUGCUAGCUUAUCAUUGCCUCAACCGCAAUCCAAAAGCAAGGCCUCUAAUGAGAGAUGUUGUAGAUUCCUUGGAGCCUCUGCAAAUUCCUGAAGAAGUUCCCACUCAAAAAACAACUAUUGUAACAGUGAUUAGUGAGGAACCAAAUCCUGAGUUCAAAACAAAAGAAGAUCUUUAAUCCACAAUGUAUUUAAUUGUUAAUUAUCAAUUAACAUACGGGGGGUCAAGUCUUUUUUAUUUGGAUUAUAUAAAUGUGCUUCUUCUCCAGAGAUUAGAAGGAGAAUUUUUUGCAUCAAAUUGAUUAUUGUUAAACUAUAGUAAAUACAGAAAUAUCAAUGUAUUUUCAUCUGUUUUGUAAUAUACUGUUUGCUUUCUUAGCCCC